AAUCCAGUUGUGUAACAGACUUUGAGUGUAUCGCACGCGCAUUGAACGAUAAUAAUAUUUAACAUCGAAAUACGGUUUUAAACGAUAAAAUAAAUGGCUUCGUUGUGUUAAAAGUGAUUUAAUUUGAGAACUAAAAGUGCACAGUGAACCCAUUAACAAAUUGAUCAUUGUUAAAUGUGAUGCCAAGUGAAAAUGGCUGGCUGGAAGAGCUUCACAGAAUGGAUAGGUCUUUCGAAGCCACCCAAACGGGAGUUGGACAAGAGCCAGUAUUCGCUGGUAUCUUGCGGGGAACUCACCACGGACAACAUUCAGCUAUGGCUGGCUCUGCCUGACGAGGUGAAGAAUGAUCCUUCGUUGGCGUCCCUACGGCAGAUGUACGAGAGAGACGGUGCUGUAGAAGCUACACCGUUAGCCACAAAAUCGGGGAAUCCAAUCAAAGUACUGUCUUUAGUCGAUCCUUCGCCCACAGCAGUAGGAGAUACUGAAGUCUGCAGCGCGAAGAAAGACUCUAAUGAGACUCCCACGAUCACAGAAAUUAAAGGAGCAGACAAUGUACCAACAAACGAACAUAAGAAGACGGAAAAGAAAACGAAACCAGCCUAUUACAUCAAGAUGACAGUUCUGCUGGCGUGCUGGAUUUUCUUCACAGUCAUCUUCCUGACGCACGACGUUAAAAAGGAAACUAGGGGUGUCGCGUCCGUAGCGCCCGACGAAGUGAAAACUAUGACGUCUGCAUCUCUAGAAACGUCGCGCCCCCAUAGCAUCUUAAUCAGGGUGUCGGGACCGUUCUUGGCGGAGAACGACGAAAUCAAGCUCAAUGAUACAAUAAAAGAGAGAACCAAAAGCGUCACAAUGUGGCUUGAAAGCUCUCGGACGAAUGCUACGAAUUUGAAAGAGAAAUCCGAGAACUGGACAAUUUAUUUAGAUGAAGACGACACGUUGCCGGAUUUCGGGGGAGCCGAGACGAGAUCCGCGAUCUUGAAAUUGACGCCAGGGAUAUCUGCGAACGGGAACUGCUCCCUGAAAAUUGUGACGACCUCAAGGACCGUUGUAGCUUUUAGCGUGGUACAUAAGCUGGAUCCAGUGGACGAGAAUGUGGGUGUCAUAUACGCCUGCGUCCUCCUCGUCGGACUGUACGUCUUAAUUAUCUUUGAGAUCAUCAACCGUACGCUUGCGGCCGUGACGAUGUCUACAAUGUCCCUCGCAGCUUUAGUUUUGGCUGGAGAUCGGCCCGCCCUGUCCGAAGUCAUAACCUGGUUGAACGAGGAAACCUUGAUCCUCCUCUUCAGUAUGAUGCUACUUGUUGCUAUUAUGGCUGAAACGGGAAUCUUCGUUCGCCCGCCAUUACAAAGCCAUUACCAUUCGGUGACCAAAGGUAAACUAUGGCCGCUGAUUCUGCUGCUAUGCGCCAUCACUGCAACGGUGUCCUCUAUACUGGAUAACGUCACCACCAUUCUCCUCAUGUCUCCAAUCACCAUACGAUUAUGCGAAGUCAUGGAGCUGGAUCCGGUGCCGAUCCUCAUGUUCAUGGCGAUAUUCAGCAACAUUGGAGGCACGGCGACCCCUGUCGGCGACCCGCCCAACGUGAUUGUGGCUUCGAACCGAGCUGUCAUCGAUUCUGGUAUUAAUUUCGCCAAUUUCACAGCUCACAUGGCUCUGGGAAUAAUAUUAGUGUUCUGUCAGACGGCCAUGCAGAUAAGAUACGUCUUCCGUGAUUCGAAUAAACUUAGACUGACAGUGCCCAAGGAGAUCAGAGGCCUUAGCCAUCAGAUCUCGAUAUGGCGGCGGGCGGCCGAUUCCCUCCCGCACCUCAGCAAAGACGUGCAAGUCGUCAGAGAGAGGCUCGAGAGGAAGAUACGGAAGCUGACCGUGGAAUUGGACGUCUUAAUCAAGAAGAGCAACAGCCGCGCUUGCCCCGAAGAGACAUUCCAAACUACCCUCAAAGAAAUGAAAGAAAAGUACAAGAUAAGAGAUAAAGCUCUGCUGAUCAAAGCUUCAGUGGCCGUCUGCUUUGUGGUCGUGGUAUUCUUCUUGCACUCAAUGCCGGCUCUAGACCGCGUGUCCCUGGGCUGGACGGCGUUGCUGGGCGCGAUCCUGCUGCUGAUCCUGGCGGACCGCGAGGACCUGGAGCCGGUGCUGCACCGAGUAGAGUGGUCCACGCUGCUGUUCUUCGCGGCCUUGUUCGUACUCAUGGAGGCGUUGUCGAAACUGGGCUUAAUAUCGUACAUCGGAGGUAUCAUGGAACUGCUGAUUCUGAGGGUAGACGAGAGCUCCAGACUGGCAGUCGCCAUUUUGCUAACUUUGUGGGUUUCCGGUGUGAUAUCGGCUUUCGUUGACAACAUACCGCUGACAACCAUGAUGGUCCGCGUCGUGGUCUCCAUGGGAUCGAACUUAAAGCUCGACCUGCCUAUGCAGCCAUUGAUCUGGGCUUUAUUGUUCGGCGUCUGUUUGGGAGGUAACGGCACACUGAUUGGAGCCAGCGCGAAUGUGGUCUGCGCCGGUGUUGCGGAACAGCACGGCUACAAGUUCACGUUCGCCAGAUUCUUCAGGGUCGGAUUCCCGCUCAUGAUCGGGCAUUUUGUUGUAGCUUCCAUCUACUUACUGAUGUGCCAUUGCGUUUUCAGUUGGCAUUGAAAUUUGGCUUCCACUGAUUGGCGAGUCGCCAUGCCCUUCGUGAGCUAAAUUUUGCUGAGUGCAUUACCUUAAAGGCGCCUCCAGCAUCGCUCACAGAUGAGAGGUAGCCUCUCCUCUCAUAUAUCAAUAUCACUAUAUCUGGUCAGACACGUAUCAACAAUAUUAAUUUUGACAACGAUAUUAGUAUUAAUAAGUAAGAUGUGGAUUUAGAAAUUGAAUCGUUUAAAUAAUAAAUAGUUUGUAGACAGCGGCUUGGCUCUGCCCUUGGCAUUGUUGUAGUCCACGGGCGACGGGAACCACUCACCAUCAGCUGGACCGUAUGCUCGUCUUUAUAAAUAGCAAUCAAAUCGAAAAAAUAAUUAACCCUUUUAGUGCUAAGCUUAUUUUAACAUAUCGACGCUUGAAAAGCAAACGUGACUAAGCGACAAUAACUGCUUUGUACAUAAAUGAUAGGCAAUAACCAUAUUCGAUGCGCAAAAAAUUUAUAUUUCUAGGUCUAUUAAAAUCAUUUCAAUCCUACAGAUACUAACUAGAUUCUACUACAGCUAGAUUCGUUAAAAUAAAUUUUGUUUUCAGGUAUUUCAACUUUCAAUUAGUCUACUGUAAAGUUCAUACAUUGUCGCUUAGUCAUGUCUGCCUUUCAAGUGUCGAUAUGUAUUUUGCUUAAAGGAUUAUUGAAGAAAAGUACCUUAAUUAGCUUUUUAAAAAAGUUAUACGUGUGUGCGUUAAGACACGUCCGUACAGGUCAAUACAUAAUACCCUGUCAUCAAACUGCGCUAUAGUCGGUAUUCCGACGCUCCGCACUUUAUACGAAUUAAUAUAGAGUCUAUCUAUCGAUGGUUCGCGCUCAAAGGUUUGAGAGCUACCAGUCAAAAAUUUUAAAAACAUUAAUCAAUAGCCACAGAUUACAUCAGCUAGUAUUCAUUUACAACGCUACAGAUUAGAUUAGUAUUACUAGUAUUAUAUUUUAUAUAGUGUUAAAUCGAGCUGUGAUGUCGUAAAUGGCCAAAUCCUUCCAGUUUUAUUUUAAAGUAAGUAGAAGUUAGAACUUUUUUAGUGAAGUACUAGUGGUGAAUUUAUUUUGAAAGUGUCCAAUAGAUGGCGUUAGUUGUAAAAUUAAAUUGAACUAUCGACGUUUGUGACCAAGACUUAUUUAAGGUUAAUAAUAUUUUGUCUACAAUUCCAGUCAUCGUCCUCGUCGAACCCGUCGCUUGCGACGAAGGGCUCGACGAGUAAAUUAACCCACAGACACAGCCCACUGAGUUUCUCGCCGGAUUUUCGCAGUGGGUCGCGUUUCCGCUCCGGUGGUAGAUUCUGCGAAGCAGGGCUCUUGCUAGGAUUCGUGUUAGCAACGUCAUCAGGUUUGAGCCCAGAGAGCUCACCUACUAGUUAAGGCGACGCUGAUAUAGCCUCUCAAGGCUAUCAGCUUAGGUAGAAAAAAAACUAAAAAAAGUCUACAAUCCAUUCGCCAGGCUAUACCUACGGGCACAGCCUUUUAUGUUAACAGAUUAGGUAGAAAAAAAAAACCUGGAAUCCAUUUUGUCAAACAAUCAAGUGCUUCAGGAAACAUAGCUAGCUGUGACCGAUAAUGAAAAAUUAUUCUUUCAAUUCAUUUUGUGUCAUUAUCUACUAUCAUCUUAACAGUGUUUCCGCUAAUAUGAAAGACAAAAAUUAUUAGCUUGAAUACAUAUAUUUAUAUAUAUAUAUUAGCUAUUAAAUUAUGUACUUAUAUAUAGCUAUUAUAGAUAGGUAACUUUCACGGCAUUUGCCAGUAAGUAAAAAAUGAAGUGCUUCUAUAGCAGAUUAUUAUUGUCAACCAAAAUACACACACAGCUUUAUAAUAAAUUAAGUUUAAUACAUACAUAAAUUAUAGAUGGAUAAUGUUGUCGGAUUCUUCGAUGCUACUCAUUUUUUUUAUUGCAUAGAUGGAUGGACGAGCCCACAGCCCAUAGACAUCUACAAAGCAAUUAACCCAUUACUGCUUCACGGCAGAAAUAGGCAGGGGGGUGGUACCUACCCGUGCGGACUCACAAAACGUCCUACCACCAGUAAUUACGCAAAUUAUAAUUGUGCGGGUUUCAUUUUUAUUACACGACGUUAUUCCUUACCCGUGGAAGUCAAUCAUGAACAUAUUUAAGUACGCAUUUCAUUGGUACCUGCCUGCUGGAUUCGAAUACAGUUACAUCGCUUGAUACGACUGCUCCGGGCUUCUUAUCCUUUAGGCCACGACGACAAAUAUUAUCCUAAUGUCGACGAAUAACACCUAGUCGUCUAUGGAAACAUCAGAAAUAGUAGGUAUGUACAGUCACAAGUCUUAAUUAAUAUGCGUAUUAUCUAUGGUGACAAGUCUUUUUGGCGCGAACGCAAGGUUUGACGUCAGAAUAAUAAUAAUGAAAAUAAAAUAUGUAUGUACGUGUGAUUGAAUCGUAAAAAUUUUAAUAUUUAUAGUAAACUUGAAUAAACUCAAUGUUAUGAUUACAAACUGAGAAAUAUCGAAACUACUGGUGGUAGGUAGGACUUCUUGUGAGUCUACACGGGUAGGUACCACCGCCCCACCUAUUUCUGCCGUGUAGCAGUAAUGCGUUUCGGUUCGAAGGGCGGGGCAGCCGUUGUAACUUUAUACUUAAGGCCUUAGUGCUUAUAUCUCAAGGUGGGUGGCGCAUUUACGUUGUAGAUGUCUAUGGGCUCCGGUAACCACUUAACACCAGGUGGGCUGUAAGCUCGUCACCCAUCUAAGCAAUAAAAUGAAACUAAUUCGGUUGAAAAGUGUUUUAUAUGUGUUUAAUGUACUUAUGUAUUCCCUACUCUAUAAGAUUUGUGAUGUAUUAAGAUUUUUUUUCUAAGAAAAACACAAACUUUAUCUGUUAUAAAUAAUUAUAUUGCAAUGUUGCAUUUUUUUAUUCAUAGCUUCUUAUUUUGAAGGAUGCAACGCGGAACAUUAGAUUUGAAAAAAAUAAACUUUAGUUAAGUAAAA